CACCUCACUACUAAGCAAAAUCGAUCCAGGGCGGAGGAAUGCAGAACGCGCUUACCGUCGCGCGCUGAGCAAAAACACUAAAGCAAGCGAUCUAGGAUUUUUCAUCGGGCGCAGCUCGUGUGGGAGUAAAGAUUUACAAGUGAUACAGUGUCGUAUAGUUUGUGAGAGCAGUGGAAUAAUUCGCACGCGGUAGUUUUGUGUGAACAUUUUUUUCAGCAAUAAUGGGUUUUAAUACCUCGUCGGUGUGGAUUAAAGUUGCAAUUAUUUGCCUGGCUUUGGCCCUGCUGUUGUUUGUAAUCGGGUUUGCCACCACCCACUGGAUGGUCUUAUCCGGCUACCGUUCAUCAUCGUACGGGUUGUGGAGUCACGAAUAUUGCGAUCAUCACCGCUGCGCUGACAACAAAAUCACCGGCGCUCUUUUGCGUCAGUAUAAAUGGGAAGACUGGUACCGAGCUACGCAAGCGUUUGAAUGCAUUGGACUGAUCUGUCUCAGCGUGGCGCUCCUCGUGAUCAUCCUGUUCGUGUUCGUGGACCGGAUGCGGAAGCGCAAUCCUCUCAUCGCCAUUAUCAUCUUGAGCUUCUGUGCAGUGGUUGCCAUGGUUAUAGGGUUCCUCAUCUUUGCUCUGAAGCUUGAGGAUUAUGGGUACAGCGUGGGAUGGUCGAUGGCCCUGGCCAUAGCAGGUUGUAUCCUGACAUUUGUAGCAGGCGUGAUGUGCGUCAUUGACCUCAAAAAGUAGUCCUUAGGAGUUUCGGUUCACUCGACUCCAAGCGGAAGAAUGCCGAUACUCGUCGGAUGGAAAUAAUUCAAUGAAUAAUCGAGUUUUUAUUGUUUAAAGACAACUUUGUCAGUUAUACAAUUAUGAAAUGUUGAAUGGGACAUUAAUUGAACGUAAAAGACAGGGAAAAACCUUUGACUAUUAUAAAUGUUCAUUGAUGUCUAAAAGGCAUUAUCUAUAUUUCCCAUUUUGUAGCAGUCUGCAUGAGAAAAUGAUAUUUAUGCCCCCCUUCGAAGAAGAGGGGGUAUAUUGCUUUGCUCAUGUCGGUCGGUCGGUCGGUCGGUAGGUCGGUCCGUCCACCAGGUGGUUUCCGGAUGAUAACUCAAGAACGCUUGGGGCUAGAAUCAUGAAACUUCAUAGGCACAUUGAUCAUGACUCGCAGAUGACCCCUAUUGAUUUUGAGGUCACUAGGUCAAAGGUCAAGGUCACGGUGACCCGAAAUAGUAAAAUGGUUUCCGGAUGAUAACUCAAGAACGCAUACGCUUAGGAUCAUGAAACUUCAUGGGUAGAUUGAUCAUGACUCGCAAAUGACCCCUAUUGAAUUUGAGGUCACUAGGUUAAAGGUCAAGGUCACGGUGAUUCGAAAUAGUAAAAUGGUUUCCGGAUGAUAACUCAAGAACGCAUACGCCUAGGAUCAUGAAACUUCAUGUGUAGAUUGAUCAUGACUCGCAGAUGAUCCCUAUUGAUUUUCAGGUCACUAGGUCAAAGGUCAAGGUCACGGUGACCCGAAAUAGUAAAAUGGUUUCCGGAUGAUAACUCAAGAACGCAUACGCCUAGGAUCAUGAAACUUCAUGGGUAGAUUGAUCACGACUUGCAGAUGACCCCUAUUGAUUUUAAGGUCACUAGGUCAAAGGUCAAGGUCACGGUGACCCAAAUAUAGUAAAAUGGUUUCCGGAUGAUAACUCAAGAACGCAUACGCCUAGGAUCGUGAAACUUUAUGGGUAGAUUGAUCAUGACUCGCAGAUGACCCCUAUUGAUUUUGAGGUCACUAGGUCAAAGGUCAAUGUCACGGUGACCCGAAAUAGUAAAUGGUUUUUGGAUGAUAACUCAAGAACGCAUACGCCUAGGUUCAUGAAACUUCAUAGGUAGAUAGAUCAUGACUUGCAGAUGACCCUAUGGAUUUUGAGGUCACAAGGUCAAAGGUCAAGGUCACGGUGACCCGAAAUAGUGAAAUGAUUUUCGGAUGAUAACUCAAGAACGCUUUUGUCUAGGAUCAUGACACUUCAUAGGUACAUUGAUCGUGACUCGCAGAUGACCCCUAUUGAUUUUCAGGUCACUAGGUCAAAGGUCAAGGUCACAGUGACAAAAAUCGUAUUCACACAAUGGCUGCCACUACAACGGAAAGCCCAUAUGGGGGCAUGCAUGUUUUACAAACAGCCCUUGUUACUGACAAUAUUUAAAGCUGUAGUUUACGAAAACAUUUUAUCCAUGUUUACCAGAUUUAUUAAGUACUCAUCUUUUAUUCCAACAUUAAAGGGCAUCAAUAGUCGUAAAUAAAUGUUUUGAAUGUUUAUACAUAACGUGUUCCGAGUAUGUGAAUGUUAAAUGCCUAUUGACACAUACUCUUUUUGUCGAAAUAUCAAGGCAUUUGAUAACAAAUUGUAAGAACUUGAUCGCUUUUUUUCAUACGUUUUAUACGUAUACGUUUAUUAUAAAUACAUUAUUAGAUGCAAUCUAAAAUGGAACUCUUUCUGUUCUAAAGUUUCUGGCUUUAUGUAAGACAAAAUAUAUUGAACACAGAUUAUUAUUGACUGUAUUCUGAAAUGCUUUAUUAAUGUUUCAUUCAACCACCAGAUUUAUGUAGAAACUGAUACUUUAAUACAGAGACGUACUCGGAAAGUUAAAUUUCACAAAUAUUAUAUAUUAAAUUAGAAUGUUUAAAAUGUUGCAUGAAAAUAAGUAUAUAAACUCUGUUUGAGCAUAUUUUCUUUAAAUGAUAUUGAUGUUUAUUAUAGAUUUGUUCACGUUUUUGUGCAUGCUUUUUAACGCUCUAUUAAAAUAGAUUAUUGAUUGCAACUCGAUAAUGCCUUUCGAUUGUAUACCUCCAUGUUCAAUUUAAUAUUUUUUAUAAUCGAACAGAACUUAAUGAUGCCUCAUUUACUAGUGCCAAUAGUAUGUGCCUUAAAUCUUUUUAAUAUAUUUUAUGCAAAUGUUUUAUUUUGGUGACUGUAACGCAUACGCAAUGAUUUUGCUUUAAAUGUUUUGUUGAAUAGUUUUAUAUUUUUAUCUCAACAUUUUAUAUUUAUACGUUUUUUUUCUAUCAAUUGAUCUUUUUAUGUGCUGUUUUAUCUCUGUCUUCGUCUUAUUAUCAUUAUUACAACAUCUUUAAAUAUUUAAAUGACCGAUUCUCCAAUUGAAAAUUUACAAUAUUCAGCAGUUGUGACGCAUAUGAAAAAAUUUUAUUAAAAGAAACUAGUACAUCAAUAUUGCUUAAUUCCGCUUCAUUGGAAAUAAUCAACAUGUAUUCAAUUUACGUAUAAAAAUACUCGAGGAGCAUGGCGCUGACAUCCGCGUUUAGUUUGGUAAUCUUGGCUGUAGUUGCUUUUCAGAGGUAUUCCUAUUUAAUGUAACCCGCCCAAUAUGUGCUAAAUAAUAUAUAUUGUAUACAUGUACUGCAAUUCCCGUGUAUCUUCUUUUGUGAUUUAGCAAUAAAACAACGACACAAUUAA